AUGGAACCCAGGAAGAAACGCCUAUCACAUAAUGCAUAUACAGUCGCGCUCCUCGCUCCGCUGGAAGUUGAGCUCAGCGCAGUGAGGUACAUGCUCGACGAAGAACACGAGCAGCUUCCGGCGACGAAAGGUGACCCAAACCGCUACGUCCUUGGACAACUGAGCCAGCAUAAUGUGGCUAUCACAUCCUUGCCUGCCGGCUACCAAGGCAUCAUCUCGGCCGCAAUCGUCGCACGAGAUCUAGCACGCACCUUCCAGUCGGUAGAGCUGCGACUGCUCGUGGGCAUUGGAGGCGGCGUACCUAGUUCUACUGUCGAUGUUCGCCUGGGAGACGUGGUGGUCAGCGUCCCAUCCGACACGCAGGGUGGUGUUGUGCAAUACGACUUGGGAAAGCAGACUACGACCGGGUUUCAACGCAAAGGUUUCUUAUGCCCUCCUCCCAACGAGUGGCUAGCGACCGUCCCGCAAAUGCGGUCGGAUCAUCUUGUGCGGUCCAACCUAGUUUCUAAACAUAUUGGGGACAUUCUGGAGCGGUAUCCCGCACUUUCAAGUACAAGCGACCGUCGUCUGACCUAG